GGUGGCAGAUGAAUUGUGUGUUUGGCGUCCCUCGUGAUAUUUUUUAAUGGUGUAAGUUGUGCUUUUUUGGAUUAAUUUAAAAAAUAAUUACAAUGGCUGAAUAUUUGGCAUCAAUUUUUGGGACGGAGAAGGACAAGGUAAAUUGUUCGUUUUACUUCAAGAUCGGUGCUUGUCGACACGGGGAUAGAUGUUCACGUAUUCAUAACAAGCCAACGUUUAGUCAGACGUGUCUACUACAAAAUCUUUACGUUAACCCACAAAAUUCUGCUAAAAGUGCAGAUGGCUCUCAUUUGGUGGCAAAUGUGUCGGAUGAAGAGAUGCAAGAACACUACGACAACUUUUUUGAAGAUGUCUUUGUAGAGUGCGAAGAUAAAUAUGGAGAAAUCGAAGAGAUGAAUGUUUGCGACAACUUGGGAGAUCACUUGGUAGGAAACGUUUACAUUAAGUUUCGCAGAGAGGAAGAUGCUGAAAGAGCAGUCAACGAUUUAAAUAAUCGUUGGUUUGGUGGCAGACCGGUUUAUGCUGAAUUAUCUCCAGUCACCGAUUUUCGAGAAGCCUGCUGUCGUCAAUACGAAAUGGGCGAAUGUACUCGCUCUGGGUUUUGUAAUUUCAUGCAUUUGAAACCUAUUUCAAGGGAACUUCGUCGAUACCUGUACAGUCGUAAAAGAGGAGGAAAAAUUCGAUCCAGAUCACGCUCUCGUUCUAGAGGACGUGAUCGUAAACGUAGAUCUCGGUCUCGUGAAAGAAGAUCUAGAUCUAAGGAUCGUAAAAGACGAGACGACAAAGGCAGGGAUGGACGAUCUGGACGUUACUGAUUAUUAUUCUUUGAUUGUCAUUUUUACAUAAAUAAGUUUAUGCAUUCAAUUCGAAUACUUGAUUAUUAUUAUCAAGUAUUAUUGUUACAUAAUAUGCAAGUUUUGGAUCGAUCCUUGCUAUUAUGUAAUUUUGACCAAAUGAAAAAGAUAAACAUUUAUUAAUUUACUUAUAUAUACAUAUUGUAUAGAGAAACAAAAAACAAACAGCGCGAUAAUGCAGAUUAUUGCUUCUAUAUUUUUUAUCGUAAAACUGUUAUCUUGUAGGUAAAGAAAGUAACAGAUAAAAAGGGUUUUAUGUUAAUAUACUGAAUAAUAAUUAAGUAAUGAAAUAUGUAAUAUAAUUUUGUGAUUAUAAAUAUGAAUUAUAAGCUUUUUACGUGGGUGUUGUACAAUAUUAACUGUGCAACAUGUUGACGAAGCUAUGCACAAUUUUGUUUAUAGUUUUGUAAAAAAGAUAAAUUAUGAAAUACGAUGUAUAAUUUUUCUAG